GCGGGCCGAGCGGGACAAACGGGAAAGCUGGGCAUACAUAAAGGCGGAGCGGGGAGACAGAUUCACAUUAAACUGAGCGGAAAAUCGGAAUUACAGAUCGGCACAGAAGGGACAGCAAGAGACGACCUGGUCCAGGGGCAAUGUGGGCUGCUGUUUUUCCGGACAAGCGGGACAAAUAGUGGGACUGGAGUCACGGAGACAGAAAGACAGUUGGAGAAAGAAAAAGCUAAAUGGGAUCGAUCUGAUUCCGGACACAGUGAUGGAUUCUGCAUUGGUCAAGGAGUAGCCUGCUAAGGUUUGAGCGCAGGACAUUAUUGGACAGGACAACAUUGUGCAUUCCAGGAAGCAUUUUUCAAUAAUUAUGGUAGCAACAUAAAACAAGAAAUUCGACCAACAAUCCUGUGGUUUGUAACUUAAUCGGACAUCAGUGUGGGAAUAGGGCCGUCCACUUAGGCGCGAUCCAGCCUGCGAGUGAAAUCUGUGGAACUACUUCUGCUCCCUGUCACUGGGUGUAGCCGGCUGCAGGUGUGACGUUAAGGCAGGCCAGCCCCUGCACGGGACGGCGGCACCCAGCACAGGGUGCUUUCUGGAGGCUGACCCACGCUCCUGAUUCCAUCCGGUGCCGCACACACUCUGCUUGUCGCCUGGCCUGUACAGAGGGGGCAUUCACAGCCCAGACUCAAUACAUAAUGAGGCCCGGUCUCCAACCUCUCCUCCUGGGUGCUCCCCUGGCUCUUUGGGUCGCUGUCUUGCUCUCCUUGGACCUGCGAUGCCAGGCGGUGCAGGCCGAGAAUGUGACCGUACUGGAGGGAGGAACGGCCCAGAUUUCCUGUCGACUCCAGAACUACGACGGCUCCAUCGUGGUCAUCCAGAACCCACGCAGGCAAACCCUCUUCUUCAAUGGAACCAGGGCCCUGAAGGAUGACCGCUUCCAGAUGGUGCUCUUCACCCCCCGGCUGGUACGCAUCGCCCUAAGUAAUGUCAGUGUGUUGGACGAGGGCGGCUACUUCUGCCAGCUCUACACGGAUGACACGCACCAUCAAGUGGCCACGCUCACUGUCAUAGUGCCGCCGGAGGCACCAACUGUUGAGGUCAAGACGCAGGCCGUGGAGGGUGGUGAGGUGGAGCUGACCUGCCACUCACCACGUAGCAAGCCCCCGGCCACCCUCCGCUGGAUGAGGGACCGCCGUGAGAUCCCAGGGGUCGUGUCCCAGCAGGACAACAGUAAGACGGUCAGCGUGUCAAACACCAUUCGGAUCCCUGUGGAGCGCCGGGAUAAUGGUGCCUCUCUCACCUGCGAGGCCAUGCACCCGUCCCUGGGGGGGCAGAAGAAAGUGCGCCACUACCGGCUGGACGUGCACUUCGCCCCUACGGUGAGGAUCGUGCCUCCCACUGGGAUCCUGCGAGAGGGUGAUUCGCUGAGCCUCAUCUGCUCAGUGACGGGGAACCCACUCCCGCGUCAUCCUCAGUGGUCCCGGGUGAAUGACACGCUGCCGGAAAGGACGGAGAUCUCUGGAACCACCCUCAGCAUCGCGCGGCUCAGCCAAUCGCACAAUGGCACAUACCUCUGCCAGGCGCAGAACGACUACGGCCGCGCCGCCGACCACUACGCUCUCCUGGUGUACGAGAAUGUGUCUGUUACCCCUACGGCCCUUCACACCCCAAACCCCAGCGACUUUCCCGCCAUUGCCAAAGAUCCCGGGGCUGUGGUGGAGACCCACAGUGCAGUACCGUAUGCCGUGAUAGGAGGCGUGUUGGCCCUGCUGGUCUUCGCUGUCAUCUGCGUACUGAUCGUGACCGUCUGGUGCUCCGUCAGGCAGAAAGGUUCCUAUCUGACCCAUGAGGCAAGUGGUCUGGAUGAGCAUGGAGAUGUCCAAGAAGCCUUUCUAAAUGGCAGUGAUUCCAGGGAGGGCAAGAAGGAGUAUUUACUGUAGCGUACUCUACUGGCGGCCUCCGGAACUGCGAUUGUACAACAGCAUACUGCACACCACACACUGCAAGACUGUCACAAUGAACAAGAGGGAAAGAUGAGCCACCAAUCACAAUUGUGCCAUACACUGGAAAUGGGGUGGGGUGGGGUGGGGGGGGGGGGGGGGAUAGCAGAAGCUGACCUGCAUAUUUGGGGGCAAGAGAGGGGGAAGGAGAGAGAGACACUAAUUGGCAUUAUGGUGUAAGAAAAAGGUACCUGAUACUCCCAAUGCACUGUGAGAGAGAGAAGGAGAUGAAUAUUUUCACUCUAAAUAAGAAGCUUCUCUUUGUUCCAAACACAAUAAUUUUGCACAGACAGCAAACCCCAAUGAAACCCCAUGAACUGCUGAACAAUUAACAUGUGGCAAGCUGGAAUAUCACAACUGCCAAAGCACCUUAGCUACAAAGUAAAUAUAUGUAUAUAUACACACACAUUACUUUGGUCAGCAUCACUGCACAACAUUGGCACUUUUUAUAAAAUACCACAUACACAUGAAUUUAAUGAUACAUUUCAUCUGGGCAUACGGCACAUUUUUAUAUCAAAACUUUAUGUUGCUAUUUUAUUCGCUAGGAGGUUUUAUGUUCUUGCACUAGAUUUUCUUUAAUAUUAUUACUGAAUGAUCCUCUCAUUCUCCUCUCUGUCUCUCUCUCUUUCUCCUUGAACUCUCUGGUACUGUUUUGUUAAUAAUCAUGGGGAACUAUGCUGUGUCCCGUCCUGUGUGAAAGGAUAUAAAAGAGUGCAAAGUUUCCAGUGAAGAGAGAAAUGAAAACUUAGGAAGACUGGAUAACCAUGAAGUGGGGUAUAUAGUGGACGCAAAAAGAUUUUUUUUUUUUUUGAACGCUAUAGUACAGACGACUACAGUAUACAAGUACAGUUUCACAAUAAUACAUAUCUUUCAAUUCAAAUGUUAUUUGUAUAGAAAAGACAGCAAGAAAAGUAAAGCAAAACAGUCAUCAAAAAAGAUUUAUUAUGGAACACAUUAUGAAGUGAUGUUACUAUACUAACACAAAAAAUAUUAGCCUAGUGGUACAAAACUGAACAAAAUACUGUUAAGUGAUCUUUAAAAAAAAGGAAAUUAUGAAAAAAAUCUUUUCAGUUUGUCUUUAGGAGAUACCUGAUGUCUUAUUGAUUUUUACUCAUUAUUAUUAUUAUUAUUGUUAUUUUUUGGAUUAUUACAGUUGUUGUUAUUGCUAUUAUAAUUCUUACUGUUAUUAUUAUAAUUGUUAUUAUUAAUUGUACACCUUGCCAAGUUGGUUUUUUUUUAUAGAAGCCGGUAUCCCCUCUCCCUCCUUUUCUCUUUCUGCCUCACCCUACUCCGUUGUCUUCUUCCGGCUGUUUUCUCAGCCUUUGUGCGUCUCUUGUGCCCCCUUUUCUCUGUCUUCUGCUUCCUUUGAACUCCCCUUUAUUUUGUAGUCCACGCGUCCCUGUUGAUGUAGCUAACUGUAUUUCUUUAUAGGGGAAAGAUACAAAGCACGACAAAAUAAAAGUACUUUAAAAUCCA